UAGAGCGGGGCGCUUAUUACAUCGAAUACGGUAAAUGAUUUGUAAUACCAGGGGUUAUGAUAUAAAAGUCGAGGCUGGGCCGGGCUACGUGCGGACGUUGCCUUACUUCAGAGUACCAUAGUACACUUUCAAGGACACAUCCUAGCUCAGCUAUGCAAAUAGACUAUCAAAAUACUACCCACAAAGCCAGAGCUAUUGUGCAUCACGCUUAUGUCAUGCAAUCCGCCGACAUGUAUAUAUAUAUAUCAGAGACCAUAAUACAUCAGCACGUGAAGGACGCCCACACAGAGACAGGAGCAUAUCAGCGAGUGUUGGGGACAAGACACAUUACAAUGUCUGAAAAGAUCGAGGUCGUUGCGAAGAACAGUACAAUGCAUGGGGAGGGCCCCCACUGGGACGACACUACGCAGUGCCUGUACUACGUGGACUAUUUCGUUGAUGUCGCCCACAGAUACAACCCAGCCACAGGUCAGGACAGCCAACUAAACCUUGGAGCCUCUGUGCUGAGCGUCAUCAUCCCCCGCCAGAAGGGAGGCUUUGUGGUGAGUCAGAAGACAGAUCUCAGCAUCGUGGACUCAUGGGACAGUGGAAAGGUCACCACCAUUGAGAAAGUCGAGGCCGACACCAAUAUGUUCAAUGACGGCAAAGUGGAUGCUUCGGGUAGACUCUGGAUUGGGUCUAUUUUCAAUGGCAUCGGCAUCGACCAAAGCAAAUGGCUGCAGGGUCAGGGCUCGUUGUACUGCCUGGAGGGUCAUGGGAGCGCCAGAAAACACCUCACUAACCUCAGCAGCCCCAACGGCAUGGCCUGGACUGAAGACAACAGCGUCAUGUACUUCAUCGACUCCACACCCAGACAGGUCUGGGCCUUCGACUUUGACAUCACAGCUGGGGCCAUCAGCAACAAGAGAACUGUGACAGAUUUCAGCAGAUUUUCAGAUAUCCCAGCACUGGCUAUCCCGGACGGAAUGAACAUUGAUACGGAAGGAAAAUUAUGGGUUGCCGCCUAUGAGGGUGGGAAAGUUCUCCGAAUCGACCCCACGACUGGAAACGUGAUCCGUACUGUCAAGUUCCCUUGUGAAAAGAUAACGUCGCUUUGUUUCGGUGGGAAGGACUUCACCGACCUCUACGUCACGUCAUCGGCUGUCCAGAUGACCCCAGCAGAACUGUCGAAAACACCAUUGGCUGGCUCACUCUUCAAGGUCACGGGGUUAGGAGUCCGAGGUCGCAAAGCUAACAUGUUCUCUGGAUAAACGUCUCUCAGUUCAAGGGGUGGUCGGGUAGCCUGGUGGUUAAAGCUUUCGCUCGUCACGCCGAAGACCGGGUUCGAUUCCCGACAUGGG